AUGCUUUCCAGACGCAGUGGUUCUAGUACCACUUCGAAGAACCAAAAUGAUUUCUGGGCUAGAAACCACUUAGUCAAAAUUAUCAUUUUGCAAUGGGUCGACAUCUGCGGCGUUUUGAGAACAAGACUAGUCCCCGCCUCAACAUUCAAGAAGAUUAUCGAAUCCAAUGGAUAUCUCAACUGUGCACCUCUCGACACAUGUGUCACUACGACUGCAGAAUUCAUUCCCAAACUCAUGCCGUUCUUCGUAGACUCUGGCAAGAUCUGGCCUGAUGUAUCAUCACUGAAACGUGCAAGCCAUACCGCCCGUGGAUAUCAUGCUGCUGUCUGUUUCGGUCACGUUGAGUUUCAGAAUACUGAUGCGAGACACAUUCUGAGGACUCUGGUUGAAAAGACAAAGGCGGAUCGUGGAUUGGACUUUUUGGUCGGUAUGGAGUUGGAGUUUUGCCUUCUUGCCCCGGAAACACUGGAUCCUGCAGAGAAAGGGAGCAUAGGCGUUGCACAUUCAUCAAAGAUACUUCGAUCCAAGGUAUGGUCGUUACUCACCGACAUUAUCGCAGUCUUGGAUGAGGCUGGAAUCGAGGUCGAGCAGGCUAUAAAAGAAUAUGGAACAUCGGCCUAUGAAAUCGCACUCUCGCUACUACCUCCUGUUGAGGCUAUUGAUGCUUAUAUUUAUACUCUGGAGUAUUAA